AUGGCCGGCAACUCUACUCUAUCUAUCGCCAAGCUUGCUCUCACUGACCACCUCUUCACCUCCUUCCCAAUCACUCCUUCCUCUUACAUUCUUGACAACGCAUGUGGAACAGGAAUCGUCACCUCUCUCAUCAAAAGUCAACACCCGGAUGUCCGUAUCCUCGGCACGGAUCUUGCUCCAGGCAUGAUUGAGACUUUCAGAGCGAAAGCUCGAAAGGAGGGAUGGGAAAACGUUGAGACUAAGGUCGUUGAUUCCAGGGAACUGGAAGGCGUGGAGGACGGGGUGUUCAGUCACGUGGUGACGAACUUCGGGCUCACGCCUGGCACUGAAGAUACGUCUGGGCCGCAGAAGAUUGCCAAGGAGAUUUGGAGGGUCUUGGGGGACGGAGGUGUUGCUGUUGUUACGACUUGGGCUCAACGAAAUUUCGCGGGCCCUCUAGAAGCAGCGGCUCUUCGUAUCCGUCCCACUGAGAAACCCUACUCCUGGGAUGUUCCCGAAGAAUGGGCCCGAGGCUCCUGGCUCAUGAAACGGCUGGAGGAUGCGGGAUUCGGGAACCGCGUCACUGUGAAGAGAGUCGAGGGGCGGAUGGAAGCUGGGAGUUUGGAGAAGUUGGUGGAUAAUUUGAUGGGUGUGAAGGAUAUGUUUUAUAAAGGGUACAGUGAGGAGGAACUUGCGAGGUUGACGGGUGUGCUGAAGGAGGAAGUGAAGGAACUCGAAGCUUAUGAUGAGAGGGAAGGGAGUGUGGGAGUAGAGAUGGUUGCUUGGGUUGGAUUUGCUUGGAAGUAG